CAGCGACGAAGUCAAAUAUCUCUCAUUGAUAUUGGAUCAAACAAGAACACAACACGCGUGAUGAACAGAUUGGUGGCGAUCUGCCUGUUGGCAGUAUGUAUCGCCUCUCAUUACGUGACUAUUGCACGUGAGAUCAGCAGGGCGCAUUACGACGAUCUGCAGGUAGCCGCUUCUCAUCAUCAUCAUGAGAGCGGCCACGGGGGCGAGCAUCAUUCCGGUCAUCAUCACGAACAUGGCGGGAAAGGUGACAAAGGCUACAAGUCGGAGCAUCAUCACGGAAAAGGAGAAAAGGGACAUCACGAUAAAGAAGGCCAUUCUGGACAUUAUCACGAGGACGAAGGUCACAAGAAGCAUCAUCAUCAUGACGAUGGCUAUUAUGGCGAACAUCACAAGGGUGAGAAGGGAGAGAAGGGUCACGCAUUCCAUGAGAAAGGGCAUUUCAAGAAGGGCCACAGCACGAAGGGACAUCACGACGUUCACAAACUCGACGAAUUUAAGAAGGAUAAGAAAUUCUUCGACGAACAUCAUGAUCAUGGUCAUCACGAAGAACAUGGUGGCCAUCAUCAUGAACACGGACAUAAGAAAGGUGGCCACUUUAAGAAAGGGCAUCAUGACCACCAUCAUCACGAAGAUCAUUACGGUAAGAAGGGUCAUCACGAGAAAGGACAUCAUCAUCAUGAUCAUAAAGGUCACAAAAGUCAUGGUGGACACGAUGAGCAUCAUCAUCAUCAUCAUCAUCAUGGCAAGAAAGGUGGUCACGAAGACCAUAAACACUGGGGAUUCAAGAAAGGGCAUUAAUACGGACAUGCGGAAAAUUAUAAUUUAGCUGCUAUUACUCAUUGAAUUAUGUUGAUUGAUUGUCAUCGCUGCAUUAAUUGUUGUACAUGUUGACGAACA